UCAGUGUUGAAUGAAUGCUGUUUAAGCCCCGAACUUGUUGCUCAUCUUCCGCUUAGCCCUUCAUUGAACAAAUACAUAGUGAUUCAAACAACUCAUUUCAACACAAAGUGGAUAAGAACCCUCUUAUUCUUAAUCCUCUCCAAUUUUUAAGGGAGAAUUUCCCUAUAGAAACCUAAUCUCUCUUUAGAUAAGAGAGUAAAUCUAUAACUAAAUCUCGGCCUAAUCUUCAAAACUUAGUCACUUUCUCCUACAACAACGUACACCACGUUUUUUCCUGUUGAGAUAGAAUGGUUUCUCUUCAGUUUUGCCUUUUCCCUUUGCUGUUUUGGUUUCCUUUUUUUCCUGUGUAAACUCAUCAAAACCUCAACCUGAAAGUUAUGCUAGCUGUAGCUAUUUAGUUGGUAUAGCUACGUAUAGCUAAUGAAAGGAUAUAGUGGUAUAAAAAUUUGUCUCAAAUUGCUCUCUGUUCAUGGACUGCUUGAGAGAAAUAGAAGGAAAACAAGCUCAUGAUCCCAUAUUUAUUGAGAAGAUGAAUAAGUUUUCGUCCUCGUCCUCUUCGUCGCCUUGCUUAUGCGUUCCAGGGCCACUUAUCGUUGGUGCAGGGCCUUCCGGUCUAGCCACAGCCGCUUGUCUCAAAGAGAAAGGUGUUCCAAGUAUAGUGCUAGAGAGAUCUAACUGCAUAGCAUCUUUGUGGCAACUCAAGACCUAUGAUCGUCUACGCCUUCACUUGCCAAAGCAGUUUUGCGAACUUCCCCUGAUGGGGUUCCCUAGUGAUUUCCCUACCUACCCUACUAAGCAACAAUUCGUGGAUUACUUGGAAGCAUACGCUAUGAAGUUUGAUAUCAAACCACGGUUCAAUGAGACGAUUUCAAGAGCUGAGUAUGAUGCGACGCUCGGGUUUUGGCGCGUGAGAAGUGUUGGGGUAAAGGGGAAGGAGAUGGAAUAUGUGUGCCGGUGGUUGGUGGUGGCGACAGGAGAGAAUGCGGAGGCGGUGGUGCCGCAGAUGGAAGGAAUAGGAGAAUUUGGUGGGGACAUAAGGCAUACAAGUUUGUUUAAAAGUGGAGAAGAGUUCAGAGGAAAAAGGGUUUUGGUGGUGGGGUGUGGGAAUUCAGGAAUGGAGGUGUGUUUGGAUCUUUGCAAUCAUAAUGCUAGGCCUUCACUUGUGGUCAGAGAUACAGUGCACGUCCUCCCACGAGAGAUGCUGGGGAGAUCAACUUUCGGGUUGUCCAUGUGGCUGCUCAAGUGGCUGCCCAUUCGGCUUGUCGACCGUUUCUUGCUGAUUGUAUCCUGGUUGAUGCUCGGUGAUACUGCUCGCUUUGGAUUGGACCGGCCACGCUUGGGUCCCCUUGAACUCAAGAAUCUGUCCGGAAAGACCCCCGUCUUAGAUGUUGGCACGCUUGCUAAAAUCAAAAGUGGAGACAUUAAGGUAUGUCCAAGCAUCAAGCGCCUAAAACGACAUGCUGUGGAGUUUGUCAAUGGCAAAACUGAGAAAUUUGAUGCAAUCAUCUUAGCAACUGGUUAUAAAAGCAACGUACCCUCUUGGCUAAAGGAAAGAGAGAUGUUCUCAGAGAAAGAUGGGUACCCUCGAAGGCCAUUCCCUAAUGGGUGGAAAGGUGAAUGUGGGCUAUACGCCGUGGGGUUCACUAAACGUGGAUUGCUAGGUACAUCAAUGGAUGCCAAGAGGAUAGCAGAAGACAUUGAGCGUUAUUGGAAAGAGGAAGCAAAACAUCGUUUGGCCUUCACUCAUUCACUUUUGCAGCAAUCAUCUUCGCCAUGAUUGAUUUUUUUUCUCUUCUUUUUGGGGUUUUGAAUUAAGAUCAGAGAUAUACAGAUUUUUGGUUGAAGAAGAUACUACACAUGAGCAUCGGUGGCUUUUGAUUGAUGUAUUGAAUUGCCACAGGCACAUCACAAGAUCGAUGUUGGCCUUCUCCAAUUGGUCAUGAGGAAAAGAAAGAAAGAAAAAGGGUAAAAAAAGUUUCAAAAAAGGGAGAGAGUUGUCUCAGUGAACCCUUAUCUUCUUUGUCAAGAUGACACCGGAGCCAGCUGCCAGGCCAUGGGAAGGAGGAAGAAAGAAGUUGAAUUUCCAAGUGUAAAAAAAAAAAAAAAGGUUGGUGUUGUUUGGAUUGUGGGUGGACCUCAGACUAUCUGCACAUCUUGUACAUUACCACUUUUCUCUAAUUAGGUAUGACCCUUUUUUUUCUUUUUUAGAGGGAGAAAAAGAGAUUCAGAUCAAGAUGAAACUGGGUGUUUGGAAUUUGUUUUGCAAAGCGAUAUGAUUGUGUUUUUUGAACUAUAUUUUCCAUGUGGGAGAUAUUGAGAGUCACUACUAUAAGUUUUAAUUAACAAUCUGAUUCUGAUCUGAUGCAUGCCCGGCAGCUUCAGUCUUUCCUUUUAGGCUUU